AUGAAGAUACACAAGCUGGAACAGCAGAAGGUCCUUCAAGAGCACCAGAAGACCCGUGCAGAACUUGAGCGCGAGAGGGUAUAUUCGCUUUUUGAGAUUGCAAGAAGACACGUAGAUGAGGAGGAUUCGGCCGUGCGUAACAAGGAUAAGGCGCUCGAAGUAGUAGAGGACCGUCACCGGAAAGAGAUCAAUGCGUACAAACACAAGAUCAAACACCUUCUCCAUGAGCGGGAAAACAGUUUAAGUUCGUUCAAGAGGGACACUUCGAAUGCAUUGAAGCUCCAGCAUCGGAGCGCGAACGCACGAGAAGCAUUGUUACAUGCAGAAAAACGCUCUCUUAAAUCUGAUUUGAAGGAAGAAGAACUUGCGCAUGCAGAAAUCAUGCGGCAGUUGAAAAUGGAGCAGGCGAAAGUAAUCGCUAAAAUGCGCCAAGAGUUUGCCAUGGCAAGGGUUGAUAUGGAGCAUAAAUACGAAACCCAAGUGAAAACCCUUUACGGCGACUUCGACUUGCGGCUGAACCACGAAGUUCACGAAAUCGAAGAACGGAAUAAUGGCCACGUGAACUCAUUAAUAAAAGCGCACGACGUUGCGUUUACCGAGCUAAAGAAUUAUUAUAACGACAUCACCCGGAACAACCUCAACAUUAUCAAAACCCUUAAAGAUGAACUUGAAGAUGUCAGGAAGAGAGAAGCAGCAAACGAUAUCCUGAUGCAUGAAAUAUCAGAGGAAAAUAAACGAAUGGCGGACCCACUAACCAGAGCACUCCAAGAGGUACAAGAGCUGCGAAGGGCACUUGCACAACAAGGAAAGGAUAAGCAAGCGCUGGGGGUGGCCCAAAACCGGCUGUUGGAUGCUAAAAACAUGUAUUUGAGUCUAGAGAAGGAAUACGUUUUGCAAGGGCGACGCCUCACCAGAGCCCAGUUGGAGCGAGAUGAGUUUCGCAGAAAAUUUGAACUUGUGGUACAUGAUAUACAACAAAAAACCAGACUGAAGAACAUGCUGGUUGAAAGGAAACUUGAUGUUGCUGGUGAGAAGAUUAAAAGGAGAGACGCUGAAUUAGGUGAAGUACUAUGUUCUUUUUCCUUGAAUCCUGAGGCCCUGCAACGCGUUUCGAAGAAACUUGACGAGGUUUUGGCGAGUAAAGGACAGCUCAUUAGUUCUUUGCAGAGAGACAAUCUCAAGUUGUCAAAGGCAUACAAUGACUUAGUGCUGGUAUAUCGUGCAAUGAUGAACAAGUUUGGUGUCCCAGUCGAAGAACUCGGGAUGUCGAACGAGGCGGCGAUGUCUGACCUCUCGAGCUUUGCGGAACAGUCUGCACAAAGCUUAUAG